CACUGUCACCAUCGACAUCAAAUCAAGUGCUUUGCAUAUCAGAAGUGUUAGGAGACCUGGGGGGAAAAGCUGACAAAAUGGCCAAGGAUAACGUAAAGGGCAAGAAGCAGGGAGAUGUUGAAAUGUCACUACCAGAUGCAAUUAUCUGGGCUGCAAAGGAUAUUGUGAAUGAUCCAAGGUUGUCAAAUCUCACACAGGAAAAGUACAUACCUAUGUGGAAGUAUGGUGCCCUUGCUAUAACCAGUGUGUAUCUGGUCUUCGGAUGGGGUGCUCAGUUGAUCUGCAAUGUCAUUGGAUUUGUGUACCCUGCAUACUGCAGUAUCAAAGCCCUCGAAUCUGUGAGGAAAGAAGAUGACACACGCUGGCUGACUUACUGGGUCGUCUUUGCCCUGUUCUCUGUGUGUGAAUUCUUCUCGGAUCUGCUCCUUUCAUGGUUCCCAUUCUACUGGCUGGCUAAGUGCUUGUUCCUGGUAUGGUGCUUCAUGCCAGUCUCCUGGAAUGGCUCGGAAUUCAUCUACAACCGUGUCAUCAAACCUGCAUUCAUGAAGCAUCAGAAGGAGAUUGAUACAGCCAUGUCCAAGGUGACCGACAAGAUCAACGAGCUGGCUGACUCUGCCACACAAGUUGCUGCUGAUGCCAUCAAGAAGGAUUAAGGUCCUACAGUCACUAAUCCAUUGAUGCCAUGGGUGCAUGUGUACGUGGUAUGUCCACUGUUGUUUUAUUAAUUAAUUUUGUUUACACAAAUGGCUCCUUUAGUAUUUGUUCACCAAGGAGUCAUUACUAGGCUAUUUCAUCUUCCUUAUUUAUCCCAGUCCUUGAAAUUUUUGAAAAACUAGAUUUAGUAUUAUUAUUGUUGUUGGUAACAUUAUAAUAAUAAGAAUGUUUAUAAUAAUAAUGUAAUAAUGUUAAGUAUGAUAAUGAUGAUAGUAUCAGGAAUAAAAACUUUCAUUCAAAUUCAAGGAAUGGGGUAUACUGGUUAGGUAAGUUAGGGCUAGUAAUCAACUGCUUGGUGAUUUAGCAUCUGUGAAGCCAUCUAUGUAAACAAAAUUAGGGGGGGGGGGGAUAUAUAUAUUUAUAUAUAUGUAAAUUGAUAAUAAUAAAUACUACUACUGAGGAUAAUAAAUCGUGCAAGUACCAAAUGGGUAAAUUGAAUUAAGCAAGCUCGGAUUUUAUCAGAUGUAAAAAAUAAUGGCAUGAUAUGCAUGCCAUUUUAUUUUAUUAACCCAUUGGUGUAGAAAACUAAAAAAAAAACUCUUUGAGCACGUGAGUUCGGUACAUCAAGCCGAAUCACUGCCUCGGAGCACAUUUCGAGCGUGUUGUUAUGACGCCUAUAGGCGUGACCCGUCAGGAAGGGGUUAAUUGUAUACAUAUAAAUGGGCCACCACAAGUACUUAGUCUUCAAGGAGUCAAUUAUUAGUCCUACCUUUCUCACUUGUUUAUCCUUUGACUUGAUCUUCUUAGAUUCUUUUAAUUUUCUUUAGUAUUAAUAAGUAUUUUAAUAAUAAUAUAAUCGAUGUCAUUAACCCAGCAAUACGGAUGAUGUGACGCUUAAGUUAUGAAAAGGAUUCUAUUCCUGGCUUAGGUAGUUUUACAGAAAAUUUAAUAUUACCCCCUAAAAAAAAAAAUAAUAAAUAAAUAAAUGACACUAAUAACAGUAUUACUUGUUGGAGUAUGGAGUAUGUGCAAGGAAAACGGUCUAUUACCAUCUAGAUAAAGCAUAUUAAAUGACAAAUAUAAUCAUUGGAAAAUGGCAAAAAAAAAACUAAAAUCGCUAAUGUUGAAAGAGAAAAUAACAUUCCAAAUGGGAACCAAAAGGGAAGCAUAGUAUUGCCACCGCACAAGCAAUGCACCCAUCAGAAUAGCUGAUAAGUAAGCCUGAUGCCCAUGUUUAGGCCAUUGUGAUAGCAGUGAAGCCUUCAGAUCCUGUGGAUUAAUAACAGGUCAAUAUUAAUAGCAUUUGGGGGGGAGGAUCCUAAAAAUUUUAGCAAUGGGGAAAUCGGGCGAGGUCACUAUCACCUACCAAUUGACUCCUUAGAGUUAUCUGUCAAAAACAAAUAGCAAAAAACACAGUGGAUCGUAACCAACAAGAUAAACGGUUUUUCAUGUUAAGGACAUACAAUUUUAUAAAAUAUUACAAAUGUUUAUUAAAAUAAAUUCUACAGUGUUUAAA